AUGUUUGCGUUUGACGAAGAGUUGCAGGCCGUGACAGACAAUUUGGAAGCGGCCACUGUGAAUGACGCUACACAAGCCCAACUUCCAUCCGCGUCCGGCCACCACCACAUUCAACGUUACUUGCAAAAUGAUUCCAAUCCGCCCAGCAAUUACAACAGUGAUACCGACGAACCGAUGCCUCGAAAGCGCGGCAAGUCAAUCAACUAUGAAGUUCCACUCAGCAACAACUUUGUUUCCUCCAAAGCCCACGUCAAAAAAGUCGGUCCCGAGGAUUUCGAACAUGUAUGCGUUCUGGGAAGGGGAGCAUUCGGCAAGGUCUUUCUUGUAAAGCAUCGUGCGUCACGAUCUUUGUAUGCAAUGAAGGUGUUGAAAAAGGCAUCGUUGGUGGUGCAAGCACGACAAACUGAACAAGUCAAGGCCGAACGUCAAAUCCUGGAAGAAGUCCGACAUCCGUUUAUUGUCAAACUAUAUUAUGCGUUUCAGACCCCUCGUGAAUUACACAUGAUUUUGGAGUACGCUGUAGGUGGCGAACUUUUUCGCCACUUGGAUCAUGAGGGCAUGUUUGAUGAGUCGAUGGCUUCCUUUUAUGCAGCGGAACUGGUGCUGGCACUGGAACACCUGCAUGGCCUGGGAAUUGUGUAUAGAGAUUUAAAACCGGAAAACUGUUUAUUGGAUGCUCAAGGUCAUGUUGUGUUGACUGACUUUGGGCUGUCCAAAGUGGCAGUGAACGGUAAAACCAAUACCAUCUGUGGCACCGCGGAAUAUAUGGCUCCAGAGAUUCUGAUGGGAUUGGAUUAUGAUAACACCGUCGAUUGGUGGAGCCUGGGAAUUCUUCUCUAUGAUAUGUUGACGGGUUCGCCACCUUUCAGCUCGGGCAAUCGACAGAAAACCAUCGAUGCAGUACUUCACAAGAAAAUCAUGAUGCCAUAUUAUAUGACAGCUGAAGCCAAAGAUUUACUAUCCAAGUUGCUGCGUAAAAAUCCCAAUGCUCGUCUUGGUGCAAAACCUAAACGCGCAGAUGCCAUACGGCGGCACAGAUUUUUCCGAAAGAUUGAUUGGGCAGCUUUAGUGCGACGUGAAGUGGAACCGCCACUCGUGCCUGUUGUGAUCGACCCCGAGGCAGCAGAGGUAUAA